AUGGGCUUUGACACCGAGAAAUCAACAAUUCCCCUUAUGGGACUUGGAUUCAUCUCACCCUCUUUACAGCAAGAUUCAUACCAAUAUAAAUUCAAAGUUGACAACAUGGCUGGAGCAUUACCCCCCACCGCUCUCAAAUACGGCAGGCGACAAAUUGCUGGCCGGACACUACAGCAAUGGAUCGAACGUCCAGCAUCUGACCCGGCUGUGCCAGCAUGUCCAAUUCAACCUUGUACGCUGAGAUUCAAAGACGUCAAGAAGUCCAAGAUACUAGAGAUAGAUAUGGACACGGAUCCUUAUAUGCCCAUCCAGUGUGAAAACGACUUUGAAGAACUCGGAAUGUUGGGACCAACUGGCGGGGCGUGGGCAAGGAUUGCCAUAGAUCAACCUGACGCUCCACCAGAUGCUGACUACCCCAGCGUUCAUACCUGGGAAGGGCAAAUUGCGCGUGGGGUCUUAAUCGUUGAAGAGAUUAAGAAAGCACCGGGUUUCUUCAUAUCAGAAGUCUGCCAGGCAAUCUACCGGGAGCACUUCCCGAUUAAGACCUUAAAGUAUGUAUAUAUACUCGACGUUUGCAAUAGGGACACCCGUGAGUUUGUGAUGGAUGACCUCUACACCGACGCUAAUGGCCUCGAGUGGCCAGAUGAAGAGAUAUAUGAUUGGCUACCUGGAACUUCGGAAUAUGAGGCGCUGUUAGGGACAACAAUUGGACGCACUGUGGCAUAUUUGAUUUUGGGGUCCUGCCAACGUGGAACUCGCCGAAUUUCACGAAUUAGGACCUAUGAUGCGUUUGAGAGCUUACAGAUGCUGUUUGUCAUUGAGGAUACUUUGGCCCAAGUCUCCGGGGAUUCUAGUAGCGAGUCCUCGAGUCGUGAGACAAGGUCGUCAACGCGCCGGAAAAAUAUCGAAUCGAAGAAGCACAAGUUGGGCUCGGAUGAGGAAUCGGAUACUGGAGCGAAGAAAGUUCAGAAAAGAUGA